AACUCCGAACCGCUCGAUGUGCAUACCAGUCCAGUCAACAAUAUCAAACCAUUUGCAGCCAUCGGAGGCCAUACCCUUGAAAGGAACCCGUUUUGACAAAGCAACUGAAGAGGGAGGGGACCCUGGAGGGUCUUCUCCAACGCUGAAAAAAUUUGCGCACCUCCAAAUUCCAAAAUUGCAGAUUGAACUUAUAAUGUCUGGAUUCAAGAUUUCGAAGCUGAGAUCACUCUCAGCUUCCUUAUACUCCUGCCCUAAGUUACAGUCAUUUCAAUUCUACAGUUCAUAUGCACCACUAAUGAGAUCUUCGGCUCGGGAUCAUUUUAGACCAUCAUGUGCUAGUAUAGAUCAUGGUUACCAUGAAAGAGAACCGCGGUUUGCUGCAAAUUUUAUUAAUACUCGUGAUAUUCAUUUCCAACAUUAUACUAGGAAUCUUAUCAGUGGAUUUUCUCCUUCAACAUCAAAUUCGCAUUUUCAGAAUAGUAUCCCUUUUGUUUCUGUGAGCCCAAUGUUGAGACAUAAAUCAUAUUCAUUAUCUUUUAGUAGCAAAGCUGAUAAAUCAAGUGACUCUGCGGUUUCAGCUGUUUCUGGUUCAAGUCAAGUGGAUGUUAGUAAUAGUAGUGUUGUUGGAAGUGAUUUGGUUGAUAAGAUCAAGGAUGUGUGGCAUAGUGCAGUGGAUGCAAUAACCCAUACUGGGCAAAAGGCUAAAGCGGUUUCUGAUGGAGUGACUCCUUAUGUGCAACCGUUGCUUGAUUCCCAUCCAUCUCUUAAAAUUGUGGUCAUUCCAGUGGGUUAUACAUUGAUUGGUACUAUAUUGGCUUGGGUGGUUAUGCCUAGGAUUUUGAGAAGAUUUCACAAUUAUGCUAUGCAAACUCCUGCUGCUGUGCUCUCUGGGAUUCAAAUUCCAUAUGAGAAAAGCUUUUGGGGUGCUUUAGAGGAUCCAGUUCGAUAUCUAUUUACAUUCAUGGCGUUUUCACAAAUAGCCAGUAUGGUGGCACCAACUACCAUAGCAUCCCAAUACAUUGCACAGGCAUGGAGCGGUGCAGUUAUCCUUCAACUUGUCUGGUUUCUGCACCGUUGGAAAACAAAUGUGUUUGAUCGUGCAUUGACCUCUCAAAGUUUAGAAGCAAUUGAUCGGGAGAAGUUGUCAACUCUAGACAAAGUUUCAUCCGUUGGUCUAUUUACCGUGGGGUUAAUGGCUUUAGCUGAGGCAUGUGGGGUAGCUGUGCAAUCUAUUCUGACAGUUGGUGGCAUAGGAGGUGGGUGUUGCAUCUGAUUCCAUAUUCUCUCUUUUGCUUCUGUUCAUUUUUGUUGCUACGAUCUUAUUGUAAACAAGAUUUAAAUAGAAUCUUUAUAAGUUACACCUCAUUGAUGUAAAUUGUGUUCCUAUAAUUGCUUACUAAUUAAAGUAGUGUCUUCUUGCAUGUAUUGCUGGUUCCUCUAUCAUAUAAGAAAUGCCUCUUCAAUAC